AUGGAUUAUAAUAUCCAUAGUUUAAAGCACAACAAGAAGCGACUGCUGGUCCUGGAGCAGGAGAUCAACAUACUGACCGAGCCCGUACCGGUGGGCGAAUCUGAAAGACUGGAUAGAGAUAUCAAGAAACUGACUGAGGACUGCCAGCGGCUGCUCAAUUUGAUCAACGAACCGCAAGCGAAUGGGUCUGGUCCUGCGCCAAAUUCCAUGAAUCGUCAGCACUCGGCCCCAGCCAACAAUAACCAGCAGCAGCCACAGCCAUUCCCACGCCAACGACAGGCUGGUCGCUCCCAGGCACCGCCCAGCUCGUUGCGUCUGCACUCUGUGCCGGCCCAGACAACGGCCCAGCCGGGCCCUGAUUUUGUGCAGCACCACAGCAGGGCUCCGACGUCGGCGUGCCUGACGCCCCAGCAGCAGCAGCAUCUCCAGCUGCAACAGGAGCCGCCGCCUACGUAUGCCCAGUACUACCAGUUCCAGCAAUAUCUGCAGCAGCAGCGACAGCAGCAGCUCCAACAAUUUCAACUGCAACAGCAGCAGCAGGCGCAGCAGCAACAACAGCAGAUGCCAGUGCAGCGUCCAGUAAACGACGAGGAAGAAUACCUAUCAGACUCGGACGUGGACGAGGAUGAGGAGCCACUUGAAAUGUGGGCCUGCAAUAUGUGUACAUUCCGCAAUCAUCCGCAAUUGAAUAUUUGCGAGGCCUGUGAGAACGUUAGGAUCCAGCCGGGUAUGAUACGCAUUGUACCUAGCGGAAGUGGCCCUGGAGCUGCUGAUGGAGCUGCUGGCACCUCCACUGGGAGCCUCGAGCAGCAGCAGCAGCAACCGCAGCAGCCCCAGCAGCCAUAUGCCUUGCAUACAUAACCCAUCCAGAAACGGAAUGCAAAGUUCUCCUAACAUGCAUGCGCUCGCUUUUGAUUGCUUACCCAACAGCCUGCAUGUGUCCCGCUGAUAAUGGUGGACUUUGAAACUGUGAUAGCAUUUAAAUUAGUAUCGUGUGGCUCUGGCCCUGGGCCCGGCUCGAUAAAUUGGGGCUCUCAACCUGAAAGACAUGUCCUAGCCAGCCCCUUCAAUUUAUGAUUUAUUUAUAUUGCAAGUGCCUCAGCAACAGCAUUACGUUAACGAUAGAAUUAACAGCAACAGUUGCAUAGCUUUAAGCAAUGAAACGAAACAAAGUUUAUUAUUUUUAGCAACUUGAUCAAUAAAGAACGUUAUUUAAAUAUUUAAA